AUGUCGCACGCCCGGGUCGAAGAACUGUCGGACUCAGACCCUGACAUUGACGACCCCUCCAACUACCUCCCCCAGUCCGACACUCAAGUGAUGCGGCCGGCUUCGCAAUCCUCAUCUUCAUCGCCUGAACCAGAACCAGCCUCAUCCUCUUCCUCCGGUCCCAACCCAACCCUCUUUCGUCCUCCUCCUCCCUCGUCGUCCCAACAUUUCCAACAACCGCAGACUCGCGAACACAUCAAGUCCUUCCAGACACUAUACCCAGUCUAUUUUGACGCCACGCGGACAAAAUCAGAAGGAAGACGCGUGAACUCAUCGCUAGCGAUCGCCAAUCCUCUAGCCAUCAAUCUUCUCGAGGCGGUCAAGGCCGUGUUCGUGGAGACUGCACCAUUGCCCCGGAUAGCAUUCGAGCCGGACAAGACACACCCUAAGGACUGGGCGAACCCGGGUCGGAUACGAAUUGAGAUGUUCCACCCAGAAACAAAAGAGCCCAUUCAUCCGCAGAUAAAGAACAAGGCGCAUCUGUACACGCUGAUCGGACGGUGGUUAAAAGCACAUCCGACAAAACCGACUGAUCCGCUGCAAUUGAAGAUUCCGGGUCUGCCUGUUCCGGAGAAUUUCGGAAAGGAGCCCAUACCGGUCCCGCGGGGUUGGAAAAUGGGUACGAUUCUGCCGGUGCAUUCGCCUGCCGUUAGUGGAGGUGGAGUCAAAGAUGAUUUCUUCAAGGAAGCAAUGGAGGAGAUCCGUCAGGCCCAGAGUCAGGGUCAAUUACCCGCCGGUGGACCUGGUGGUCCGGGCGGUGGUGGCAUGCCUGAUAUGGCUGCUUUGCAGAAUAUGAUGAGUAGCAUGGGUGGUCUGGGUGGUAUGGGUGGUAUGCCUGGAUUGGGUGGGAUGCUGGGCGGAGGCGACUCCGGUGCCGGUGCGGCUGCAGGGAGGAAAAAGAAGGACAAGAAGAAGGGCUGA